AUGUCUGAAAUUGCUGGUGAAAAGAGCGACAAUGUUACAAUAAUUACUGAAGGAAAAGCCAAGGUUGGAUUUCAUGGUCCGGUAUUCUACAACCCAGUUCAGGAAUUCAAUCGCGAUUUAACAGUCACUGUCCUUCAACAGUUUGUUGAUGAUCGUCUGAAACGAUUGGAAAAUGCAAAAAAUGAUGACAAACCAAAUGAAGAAGAACCGCCAAAAAAGAAAAAUAAAUUAAUUGAAAAGGAUGAUGGGUCGAUUCGCAUUCUAGAUGCUCUUUCCGCGUCAGGACUACGCGCUCUUCGUUUUUCAAAAGAGGUUCCGCAUGUUGAUUUCAUUAUGGCUAACGAUUUCUCGGACAAUGCUGUUGAGUCUAUUCGAGAAAAUGUCAAAUUAAACAACGUUGAAAAUUUGGUCGAGCCGCAUUUUGGAGACGCUGUUAUGACUAUGAUGAAUCAUAGAAGUAUUGAUAAACGAUUUCACGCGGUGGAUCUCGAUCCAUAUGGAUCAGCGUCAGUAUUUCUAGAUUCCGCCGUUCAAUGUGUAGCUGAUCGAGGUAUUCUAAUGGUUACAUGCACCGAUAUGGCAGUUCUCUGUGGAAAUACUCCAGAAGCAUGCUAUAACAAAUAUGACGCAGUGACGACGCGAAUGAAAUGUUGUCAUGAAGUUGCUCUUCGAAUUCUCCUUCGAUCAAUUGAUUCGCAUGCCAACCGUUAUACGCGCUAUAUUGAACCGCUUCUUUCAAUCAGUAUCGAUUUCUAUGUUCGCGUUUUUGUGAGAAUGCACACCGGAGCAAGAGAAGCGAAAGAUAGCGGAGCGAAAGUCGGAACCGUCCUAGUGUGCAGCGGUUGUCAGUCAAUGGAACCGGUUCCGUUGUUAAGAAAAGUCGUCGAUGGUGUUUCUGUGAAAUUUACAAAUCCAACCAUCAAAAAUUCGUUAAUGGGCGGUGAUCAUCGAUGUGUUCAUUGUGGGCAUACUGUUCAUCAAGUUGGCCCCAUGUACCUGGCCCCAAUCCACAGUAAGCCAUUUGUAUCUGGAUUGCUCGAAAGAUUAAAAGCUACAAAAGAGUCUGAACAACUGGGAACUCAUAGUCGCCUUCUUGGUGUAUUGACAACAGUAAAUGAGGAAAUCGACGACGUUUUGUACUAUGAACACGACCAGUUGGCCAAUGUUGUUAAAGUUUCUGUGCCGAAAUCCGUCAAUGUUCGAUCAGCGCUAUUAAAUGCUGGUUAUAAGGUUUCCGGAUCACAUUGCAAUCCGCGUGCGAUAAAAACCAACGCGCCAAUGGAUUUUGUGUGGGAUAUUUAUCGAAAAGUCGCGAAAGAUACGAAUGUGAACCGAGAGAAAAGAUUCGAUGCGCACGCGCCGGGCUACAAGAUUCUCGAAAAAGAGCCUACCAACACUAUCGACUUCAAAUUGCAUCCGGACGCGGCGAUUCAAGCGAAGAAGGAGAAUUUGGUUCGGUUCCAAUGCAAUAAGGGAAAAAAUUGGGGUCCACGACAGAAGGCUAAAGGAUCGGUCAACUCGGCGCAAGCUGGAUUUCAAGUCACAAUGGAGUCUUGA